AUGGGACAUACCGCGGCCAACCACGACAACGCCCGCCGAGGACCGUGUCCACGAAGCCACAAAGGACAUCGACCAGGUGCAACAGCAAGCGGCGCAGAGCAUGCCGCCGACUGGUGGCUGAUCCCACCAACGAGGCAGAAGACCAGAGCCGCCGCCUCAAAGGCCGGCUCGGUGCUCGAAGACGUCUCCCUCAUCCUACUCCAAACCACACACUUCAACCUCCUCGUCCUCCUCCACCUGGCGCACAUGUUGCGCCCAACCGGAACCAAGAAGUGCAAGUGCAGAACCCUCGCCUGCGUGAACAAGGCCCGCGAGCUCCUGGGCCACUACAUCAGGUUUCGGCCCUGCACCUCUGCCCCCGUCGGGAGGUGGGACCGCGGCGCCAACGACGACGACGCGAGCUUCCCCGUUCACCAGCAGCCGGGCGAACAGGACGAGGCCGUCGAUUUCCUGAUGGACGGAAUGGAUGGGAUGGAAGCGGAUGGUCCCGGCGGCGGUGAUUUGCAGCUCGAGAGGACCGCUUCCAUACUGAGGGUGCUCUAG